AUGCCUGAAGGUACUAUGAGAGCUCUGUGGUACAACAAGCCACAAGACUUUGAGAUUAAGCAAGUCCCAAUACCCAAAGUCGGUGACAACGACGUUCUCUUGAAAGGUAUCUCUUCACCACCUUCACUAUACUCACUUUCUAAUCACCAAAAACCCUAUAGUGUAUGCGGCACAGACGGACACAUUCACGACGGGGAAUUCAUAUCCAAAUUCCCGCUCAUCCCGGGUCACGAAGCUAUAGGAAAAAUCGUCGAAAUGGGAAAGGACGUCACAGGUUUCGAGAUCGGCGACCGCUGCGUUGCUGACGUAGGCCUAACCUGCGACAACUGCUUCUACUGCAGACGCGGCAAUUCCCUCCUCUGUGAGAACUUCAACGCCAGAGGCGUCACUCUCGAUGGUGGCUUCGCCGAAUACAUCGUAUACCAUCAAAAGAAGCUAUACAAGAUCAAGAACCUCACAGACGAAGAAUCGACCCUCUUAGAACCAGCCGCAUGCGCAAUCCACGGCCUCGACAAACUCAACCCACCCGUCGGCAUUGAAGUCCUCCUCCUCGGCGCAGGACCCACAGGACUCAUCCUCGCUCAGCUCCUCAAGCUCAACGGCGCCUCCCGUGUCGUCAUCGCCGCCAACAAAGGCAUCAAGAUGGACAUCGCCCGCGAACUCGACGCUGGUGAUGAAUACAUCGAACUAGACCGCCAGAACCCCGAUGCACAGUGGCAGAAACUCAAAGAAGAUAAUCCAUAUGGCUUCGAUGUCGUGGUAGAGGCCACGGGCGUGGAAAAGAUCGCCGAUAUGUCGAUUGGAUAUGUGAGGAGGGGUGGGACGUUGAUGAUUUAUGGGGUGUAUGAGAAUAAGGCGCUCGUUCAUUGGCCCCCGUCUAAGAUCUUUGGGGAUGAGAUUACUAUCAUCGGCUCCUUCUCGCAGACAUACUGCUUCCCACGAGCAGUCGCAUACCUCGAUAGCGGAAAGGUCAAAGUCAAGGGAAUGGUGACGGAUGUGUUCAAGCUCGAGGAUUACCAAUUGGCCUUGGACAAGAUGAAUAGCAGAAAAGCAGUGAAGAUUGCGAUCAGGCCAUGAGCACAGGUCCGUAUCCUGCGCCCUUCAUCGUCAUGGCGCACCUGCAACAAGUAAUACCUUGUACUUUAUCCUUCAUCUGUAUCUUAUCGCAACUCGACACAGUAUAUGUUGCCCAUCUCUGUGUCGUCAAGUCAAUGUGCGACUCCCAAUUCACAUAUCAUGACGAUACGACUCGAUGCCUUCGACUCUGUAAAUGUGUAAAUGACACAACUGCUAUAACACAUCAAAAGGAGACAGAGCGCUGAGUACUGAGCGAGCCGCAUACGUAUGAUAGAAUCAACAUAUUGACCCGCG